AUGUCAACAGCCAAACGGCUGGUGCUAUCGUUAAGAGGUCGUAAGGAGUCUCAGAGCACUGCGGGCACAUCUUCCACCCGGCUGGUGUCAGCCAACAGCACCUCACCCGGUCAAGAAUUAGACGAGAUUGCGGUUGUCUCCGGGGGCGCUGAAACGAGCCACGUUUCCUACGGUAGCCUCUCGCUUGGCCACACCAAUGGACCACGUUACAUACCAGAUGAUGAUGAUGGCAAGGCAUGUUUUGACGAUUCGAAACUGUCGCGGCAUCAUUCACAUUCUCUUAAUGGUACGGAUGCAGCCAUAAUGCAUCUGGCUCCUCCGCCCCUUGAAGCCGUUGGGUCUGACUUCAAUACCAUUCAAACGUCCUCGGAACACAAUCGAAACUCUGUGAGCCGUCAAAGUCUCAUGGAUAUCGUGAGUGCCAAGCUCGGCAUGUCUGGCCCCCAACUGGGUCAGAGCAUUUCACAGCAAGGAUUCUUCUCGUCACGCGAUAGCCUAUCGGCAUCGGGCACGACCCGACCGCUGCAUUCCCAUGUUUCCGCUACAACCUCGGAGAUGGACCUGUCCCGGAAGGACCGCAAGCGAGAGCGCAGCAAGCUGAAAGCAAGCGACCAGCCACUGCUCGGGUCGUGGAGCAGGACCGGGCCUCGGGAGUCGAACGCGCACACGACGACAACGGCUGCGACGCGGGCUUCCAGCAACCAUCUAGUGCCGCCGUGUGGAACCGGCAGCACCUGCAACGGAGCAGAUCGAUACACCUUCGGCCGACGGUCCGGUUGUUCGACAUCCUCGCGCAAAUCCAACGGCCGCCGAUGGUCGUUCGUGUUCGAUCCGGCCGGCCGACUGUGCUACUACUGGUCGAUGGUGGUGUCGAUGGCGUUCCUUUACAACUUCUGGGUGAUCAUCUAUCGGUUCGCGUUUCAGGAGAUCAACGGCGAAUCGAUUGUGCUGUGGUUCUGUCUGGACUACUUUUCGGAUUUUUUAUACCUCGUAGAUAUUCUGUUUCACUUCCGUACGGGUUACCUCGAGGACGGUGUACUGCAAACCGACUCGACCAAGCUCCGGCAGCACUACAUGAACUCGACGACGUUCUACAUAGACUGCCUUUGUUUGUUGCCGUUAGAUUUUUUAUACUUAUCGAUAGGGUUCAACUCGAUACUAAGAUCGUUUAGGCUAGUCAAGAUUUACCGGUUCUGGGCCUUCAUGGAUCGCACCGAGCGGCACACGAACUAUCCGAAUUUGUUCCGUUCGACCUCAUUGAUACACUAUCUGUUAGUUAUAUUCCACUGGAACGGUUGUUUAUAUCACAUAAUCUAUAAGAAUAACGGUUUCGGCUCCAAGAACUGGGUGUUCCACGACUCGGAAUCGGCAGACGUGGUGAAGCAGUAUCUGCAGAGCUACUAUUGGUGCACUCUGGCACUGACAACGAUCGGGGAUCUGCCGCGGCCCCGCUCCAAGGCGGAAUAUGUGUUUGUGAUAGCGCAGUUGCUGUUCGGUUUGAUGCUGUUUGCGACGGUACUGGGUCACGUGGCCAACAUCGUCACCUCGGUCAGUGCGGCCCGCAAGGAGUUCCAAGCCAAACUAGACGGUGUGAAAACCUAUAUGCGCAUGAGACGGGUUCCCAAUCAUCUCCAGGUGAAAGUGAUCAAAUGGUUCGACUAUCUCUGGCUGACGCAAAAGUGCUCAGAUGAGGAGAGAGCUGUAUCAUGUCUUCCUGAUAAAUUAAAGGCUGAAAUAGCUAUAAAUGUUCAUUUAGAUACACUUAAGCGAGUAGAAAUUUUUCAAAAUACCGAAGCGGGCUUUCUGUGCGAAUUGGUGUUAAAGCUAAGACCGGUGCUGUUCUCUCCGGGCGACUUCAUCUGUCGGAAAGGUGAAGUCGGCAAAGAAAUGUACAUAGUCAAUAGAGGUAGACUGCAGGUUGUCGCAGACAACGGAAAAACUGUUAUGGCUUCACUGAAAGCCGGCUCCUACUUUGGCGAGAUCAGUAUCCUCAACAUGGGUACGGCAGGUAAAGCGCUCGGUAACCGCAGGACGGCCAGCGUGCGAUCGGUCGGCUACAGCGAUCUGUUCGUGCUCAGCAAGAAGGACAUGUGGGACGUGCUGAAGGAAUACCCGGCGGCCCGGGUGCGACUGGAGGCGAUCGCCGUCAAACGGCUCGAAAAGUACAAGAAGGCCCCGCUCGAGAAAGUUGCUAUGGGACGCUGCCAAUCGACGCCUGGACUAGUGGAAACGCGGGGUCGCACCACCAUCGAGGAUAUGUGGAUAUCACCGACAACGGCGGUUACGUCUGCCGGCUCGAUGGUACCGACAUAUCCACCACCGGCGGGCAGUCGCAUGACCAGUCCGCGAUCCCAUCGUGGAGAGCUCAGCAGUAGCAGACAGCCCCAAUCGCCCGGCUCGGUGAGCCCCAGUGUACAUAGUUCCGAGGAACGGCCUAGAAGUCGAACGACUUCCCAUCAAAUCUCACGACCUCAGUCCCAACCUAGUCGGACCGGCAGGAGAAGCAUUUGCGACGCCAGCGGGAUAUCGGCGAACAGUAGAGACUUCCUUGGCCCUCCGUGUGACUCGUUAACGCAUAUAGAAUCUUCAGGAGCUACGCCACUGUUAGGAUCACAUGAAGCGCUGGAAGGUGAAAUUAAGCGUCUACGGGAACGGUUACACACUGUGGAAUCGGAAAACUUUUCCCUCAAUGCCAAACUGGCCCAGCAACAGUGGGAGGUUGAACACCGGUUGGCCGAAAUUGAAAUGCAGAUUUGCGGAGCUUCGUCCGCGUCUAGCAUUAGCCAGGAAAACGAAACCGAAGAUCUGGAGCGAAAUCGGGAAAGUAUCAUAUAA